AGCUUUUUUCUGUUCCUGGCGAGGAGCUGCAAUCCUUUGGAAGAGAAGAGGCAGUCUGUUUUUUUUAAUUUUCAGCUUUUCUGCUCUGGUGUCUCCCCAUCUUUGUGGUUUUAUCUACCUUUGGUCUUUGAUGUUGGUGACCUACAGAUGGGGUUUUGGUGUGGAUGUCCUUUUUGUUGAUUUUGAGCUAUUCCUUUCUGUUUGUUAGUUUUCCUUCAAACAGUUUCCUCAGCUGCAGGUCUGUUGGAGUUUGCUGGAGGUCCACUCCAGAUCCUUUUUGCCUGUGUGUCACCAGCAGAGGCUGCAGAACAGCAAAUAUUGUUGCCUGAUCCUUCCUCCGGAAGCUUUGUCCCAGAGGGGCACCCACCUGUAUGAGAUGUCAGUCGGCCCCUACUGGGAGGUGUCUCCCAGUUAGUCUACACAGGAUUCAGGGACCCAUUUGAAAAGGCAGUCCGUCUGUCCUAAGAGCUCAAACACCAUGCUGGGAGAACCACUGCUCUCUUCAGUGCUGUCAGACAGGGAUGUUUAAGUCUGCAGAGGUUCCUGCUGCCUUUUGUUCAGCUAUGUACUGCCCCCAGAGGUGGAGUCUAUAGAGGCAGCAAGCCUUGCCUUGCUGCGGUGGGCUCUGCCCAGUUUGAGCUGCCCAGCUGCUUUGCUUUCCUACUCAAGCCUCAGCAAUGGUGAAUGACCCUCCUCCUGCCAGGCUGCUGCUUUGCAGGUUGAUCUCAGACUACUGCACUAGCAGUGAGCAAGGCUCCGUGGGAAUGGGACCUGCCAAACCAGGCACGGGAUAUAAUCUCCUGGUGUGCCAUUUGCCAAGACCAUUGGAAAAGUACAGUAUUUGAGCAGGAGUGUCUUGUUUUUCCAGGUACAGUCUGUCACGGCUUCCCUUGUCUAGGAAAGGGAAAUCCCCUGACCUCUUACACUUCCUGGGUGAGGCAAUGCCCUGCCCUGCUUCAGCUCACCCUCUGUGGGCUGCAUGCACUGUCCAACCAGUCCCAAUGAGAUGAACUAGGUACCUCAGCUAGAAAUGCAGAAAUCACCCAUUUUCUGCAUCAGUCACACUGGGAGCUGCAGACCGGAGCUGUUCCAAUUUGCCCAUCCUCUCCCUGCUUUCUUUACUGCUGAGGUUGGAUUCCCCCUGUGGGAUCCUGCAAUCCUUCUGCCCCAAAAAACUAUUAUAGCAGGAGGAAACCUGCUCCUGCUCACUCUUUGCCUUCUCCUUCUCAUCCUAGAGAGCCUGACCGUGCCCUAGUUUUCUGAGGAGUGAUCGAUUCUGGGGUGCGGAGCAGGAUGAGGAAACUCAGGCUCAGAGAGGGAUUUCCACCUAAUGUGCCUGGAAACCAUGUGUAGCUACCCAAUAAGGCCUUUCUAUGUUCAGAAGGUCAUGGACCAGGGGUGUUGGUAUAGGAGCUUUGUAGAGACAGUUUUGACCCCUGUACUUAGAGCAGAGGGGUGUGUUUGCCAUGGAGAGUGUGUGUGGGCAGCUGUGUGUGAGCCUGUGUGGGCUCUGUGUGUGUUCCUGUGUGAAUAUAUGUGUGUGCUCCUUCAUGGACACAGCAUGCAUGUAGUGGGCAGAGCAAGGCAGAGAGAAAUCAGGAGACUAGGGACACAUUGCUGAGUGAUAGUAUCUUCCUACUGGGCAGAACUUGAGGUGUGCAAAGGUGUGCAUGAGUACUGCAAAAACAGUUCAAAGAGCAGAGAGGUGGGGCCAGAAUAAAUAUGUUGCAGAAAGGCAGUCAUCGGGGAGGAAAGUGAGGAUUCCCUGCCAAAAUGCCUGAGGGCUUCCCUGCCUACCACAGCCCUCUGUGUUCUUAAAUCCUCCUGUUUGAACAGAGAUCAGACUCUGGUUUCCCCCACAGCCUGUCUGUGUCUGUCCUCUGCAAAGCCAUGUGGCUCUACCUGGCAGUUUUCGUGGGCCUGUACUACCUUCUGCACUGGUACCGGGAGAGGCAGGUGCUGACCCACCUGAGAGAUAAGUAUGUGUUCAUCACGGGCUGUGACUCUGGCUUCGGGAAACUGCUGGCCAGACAGCUGGACGCACGAGGCUUGCGGGUGCUGGCUGCGUGUCUGACAGAGAAAGGAGCCGAGCAGCUGAGGGGCCAGACUUCAGACAGGCUGGAGACGGUGACCCUGGAUGUCACCAAAACAGAGAGCGUUGCUGCAGCCGCCCAGUGGGUGAAGGAGUGCGUGGGAGACAAAGGACUCUGGGGCCUGGUGAAUAAUGCUGGCAUUUCCUUGCCCACGGCCCCCAAUGAGUUGCUCACCAAGCAGGACUUUGUGACCAUACUGGACGUGAACUUGUUGGGGGUGAUUGAUGUGACUCUGAGCCUGCUGCCCUUAGUGAGGAAGGCCAGGGGCCGUGUGGUCAACGUCUCCAGUGUCAUGGGCCGGGUGCCACUUUUUGGUGGAGGCUACUGCAUCUCCAAGUAUGGCGUGGAAGCCUUCUCUGACUCCCUCAGGAGGGAACUCUCCUACUUCGGGGUGAAGGUGGCUAUGAUUGAACCUGGCUAUUUCAAGACUGCUGUGACCAGUAAGGAGAGAUUCUUAAAGAGCUUCCUGGAGAUUUGGGACCGGUCCAGUCCAGAGGUCAAGGAGGUCUAUGGCGAGAAGUUUGUUGCAGACUAUAAGAAAUCAGCUGAACAAAUGGAGCUGAAGUGCACACAGGAUCUGUCCUUGGUGACCAACUGCAUGGAGCAUGCGCUGAUUGCCUGCCACCCGCGCACUCGCUACUCAGCUGGCUGGGAUGCCAAGCUUCUUUACCUCCCCAUGAGCUACAUGCCCACCUUCCUGGUGGAUGCCAUUAUAUACUGGAGCUCUCCAAGGCCGGCCAAGGCUCUAUGAAGCCAAGGCUUGGAUGCAUGGUUGCAUGGAUUCGGGGCGUGCUAUGAGGGGUGAUGUAUCAUUGGGAGAGAUAUAAAGUGGAGGGAGGGAGCUGUCAGGUCAGUAGGGCACCAAUCCCACCUCCUUCAUUACCUCCUGGCCAUGAUUCUCCUGGGAGAUAAUUCUGCUCUCUGGAGAUGUUGGUAAGAAAGUUUCAAGUUACACAGCUGAGAAACAGGGACCAAAUAGUGUUCCUGGGUGCACUGUCACUGUGGGUGGCCACUCAAGGUUCCAAGCCUCUUGGGCCAUCCUUGGGCUAACAACUUGGGUGGGUGUGAGCAGGUGGAAGGAGCCUCAGCCCAUGCCAUUACCUCCUGCUUCCUUAUCAGGCUGUGUGUUAAUUCUGGGCCAGUCUACACUCUCCCACAGGGUGGAAAUGGCCUCAAGGAUGUGAGGGCACCCCUCCUCUGAAGAUCCCUGUACAUGUGGUGUUGGGACCAGAACCAUUAUGGAGCCCCAUAGGCCUCAGGAGUCAUCGCAGAAGCCGUGGCUGGGAGGUGGUGUCCUAAGUAAGGAUCUGUGCAGAGGACAAAUAAAUCAGUUUUUGAUUUGUCUUGAAA